AACCUAAUCGCAAAAUCGAUAGUUUCCGGCCCAUAUUUGGGGUGUAUUUAACAAUCAAAGAAAAGUGGGGGGCAGAAACAAAAAUUGGAAUGGAUGGAGAUGAGAAAUAUGAGAAAGUACAAGGGGGUAAUGCAUGCAUGUGUAGGUGUGUAGCCAUUUGUCCAUGAUUGCAUGAAAGCAUCCAUGCACUUGGCCUCUCCACUCGCACCCCAUUAAAAUACUCCACACCUAUCCAUUUCAGAAUUCAGUUGCACAGAUAAAGAAAUUAAACAAAUCCCCCCAUCUCUCUCCUCUCUCUCCCUCACUGCAGUGCAUGGUCACUCCCUGCACGUUCUCCUGCCCCCCUUCCCAUCAUACACUGCUAUAUCUCUUCCCCUCAAACCCCCCCCAUCCCCUCCCCUCUGAUUCUCUCUCUUUCUCACAGAAACCCAGAGAGCUGAGGCAGAGAGACCCCCACCGGAGAUAAUGGAUGUGUACGGGCUGUCGUCGAGUGGAGCAGACUGCAGCUUCCCCAUCGACGACCUUUUGGAUUUCUCCAACGACGAGCUCUUCUCCUCCUCCUCCGCCUCCGCCUCAUCCUCCGAUUCCCAUUACCUUCAACCGACUCAUGACAACCCAUCCAACACCCACCGACUCUUCUCCCCACCCACCAUUCCUAGCCCCGCCGGCACCCACUUCUCUUCCGACUUCACCAACACGCUCUGUGUCCCCAGCGACGACGUGGCGGAGCUCGAGUGGCUUUCGCAGUUCGUAGACGACUCAUUCACCGAUUUUCCGGCGAACGACCUCGCCGGAACGAUUGGAUUCAGAUCGGACACGUCAAUCUCUGGGACUAGAUCCGCCCGCAUCAAACGCUCCAAAGCAUUAACCACCUCGCCGGAGACCGGAGGAUCCAGUCCGUCAAAGAGCAAGAGCGGCGGCGCCGAAGAUGGAGGGGUGCGGAGGUGCGCGCACUGCGCGUCGGAGAAGACGCCGCAGUGGCGGACGGGUCCACAGGGGCCGAAGACGCUGUGCAACGCGUGCGGCGUGAGGUACAAGUCGGGUCGUCUCGUUCCGGAGUACCGACCCGCCGCGAGCCCGACGUUCGUGCUGACUCAGCACUCGAACUCGCACAGGAAGGUGAUGGAGCUCCGGCGCCAGAAGGAUCUGAUCAGGCAGCAGCAACAACAACAGGAGCAAAUGUAUAAUCAUCAUCUUAACCAUCACCAUCAGCGUGAUUUUGAGGUCUGCUGACGUGUCGGAAAGUGAUUGGGCUCUUAUUAUGUUAUUAUGUUUAUCAAAUCAAAUUCUCCAAUUUUAAUUUCCUUUCGGUUCUCUAAAGAGAAAGAAGGUUCUUUUGCUUCAUGUUUUUCUUUUUCUUUUUAUAUGAUGAGGGUGCUUGAUCUUCGUCCUAAUUAAUUUUUUUAGUACAAAUCCUCUUUAAGAUUGAUUUUAAUUUUAUGCUCGAAUUUAAA